UAAAAUUCAUUAAGAAACAGUUGAGCUUGAAAAGUUGACCCGUCAGGUUAUAUGAUAUGAGUAGAGAAAAUUAAGAACACGAUAACUUCUAUGAGAUGAAAGCCAAUUUAGUGUUAAGCAGUUUGUUGUGGAUUACGGUUGUCGGCGAAAAAACUGAUUACGGUGACGGUAAUAUUUUAUUAUCGUUUUUGCAAUUUUUACAAGAUGGCCAAAAUAAUCUAUCCUUGGAAUAUAUGGACAACGAAGUGACUCUUCUGCAGGCAUAUGAUUUUAUUGUGGUCGGUGCGGGUACAGCCGGUUGUGCUUUGGCGGCACGUUUAUCCGAGAAUCCGCAAUGGAAAAUUUUACUAUUAGAAGCCGGUGGUCCGGAGACUUUGGUUAUGGAUAUACCGGGAUUUGUGCAUUUUCUGCAAAUGAAUCCGGAACUAAAUUGGAAGUAUCGUACCGAGCCAUCGAAAACGUAUUGCUUGGGUCUGAAAGAUAAUCGUUGCAAUUGGCCUCGUGGCAAAGUAAUGGGUGGCUCUUCAGUUUUAAACUAUAUGAUGUACACACGCGGCAACCGUCGUGACUAUGACAAUUGGGCUCAAAUGGGCAAUGACGGGUGGAGUUAUGAAAAUGUCUUGCCCUAUUUCAAAAAACUGGAAGGUUCUACUAUAGCGGAUGCUGAUCAAGCUUAUGUGGGUCGUAAUGGACCAGUGAAAAUUUCUUAUUCUACUACUCAUACUCCUUUAGCGGAUAGUUUCAUUCGGGCCCAUCAAGAAGCUGGUGUGAAAUAUCGUGAUUACAAUGGUCGCAUACAGACAUCGGUAUCGCAUUUACAAAGCACCAUAUAUAAGGGUAUACGUUGGAGCUCUAAUCGCGCCUACUUGUAUCCUCUAAAAGGUAAACGACCCAAUUUGCAUGUACGUAAACAUGCUUUAGUUACUAAAGUGUUAAUCGAUGAAGACCUCAAACGAGCCUAUGGUAUUCUCUUCGAAACGCGUAAUAAAACAUAUCAGGUAUUGGCCAGCAAAGAAGUUAUUUUAUCGGCAGGUGCUAUAAAUAGUCCACACUUGUUAAUGUUAUCUGGCGUAGGACCGGCAAAACAUUUGCGUGAAAUGCAAAUACAACCUUUGGCCGAUUUAGCGGUGGGAUACAAUCUCCAAGACCAUUAUGCUCCAUGGGUCACCUUUUAUACUAACGCCAGUAGUCUGCAUUUGAAAACGUUUGUCUCAGUUAAAACUGUCGUAGAUCUACAAGAUCAUAAAAACGGUCCUUUAACUAGCCCCAGUGGCAUUGAAGCAAUUUCGUUCUUCGAUUUGGAUCAUCCCGCUGAAGAAGACGGUUGGCCAGAUAUGGAAUUAUUUUUAGUAUCUGGAGGUGUACAUAUUAAUUCACCAAUUGUGAUUGGUUUCGGCUUGCGCCCCGAUCUCUUUCAUUACUUAUACGAGGAUAUUCUUAAGCACGAUUCCGAUAGUUUUGUAAUAUUUCCAAUGAUUUUAAGACCAAAAAGUCGCGGUCGCAUUAAACUCAAAAGUAAAAAUCCACAUGAAUAUCCUUUAAUUUAUCCCAAUUAUCUGGCCCAUCCUUACGACGUGGAUAUAAUGAUUAGGGGUAUAUUAAAGGCGCUUAAUAUUAUUGAACAGCCCGCUUUUCGCAAAGUGAAUGCUACUCUUUUGGAUCGCUUGAUACCGGCUUGCCAAAGUUAUGGCAAUGCAUUGUCGCGAGCCUACUGGGAAUGUUAUGGACGUCACUUCACUCAAACCAUUUAUCAUUAUUCAGGUACCGUGAAAAUGGGUCCGGCUAGCGAUCGUACGGCCGUUGUCGAUCCGCGUCUUCGAGUGUAUGGCAUACGAAAUUUGCGUGUUGUUGAUGCUAGUAUUAUGCCACAGCUAAUAGCCGCCCAUCCUAACGGACCGACAUACAUGAUUGCAGAAAAGGCGGCCGAUAUGAUUAAGGAAGACUACAACGUUUUAUGACGAAAAAAAAAAAUCUUAUUCAAUCAUAACAAUUAUUGUUCAGUCUUGUGUUACAUGAAUAUUUGCGAUAAAUAUUGGUAUUAUAUUUCAUAAAGUAUUGGUUAUCGUAAAUUAAACUCAUUAAGUUUUUUUUGUUGUUACAUAAGGGAUUUUAAAUACAUCGGCUGAUGUAGAAAAUCAAGUUAUCUAACUUAGAUUUAAUAUAUUUGCUCCUAUCAACCUUGACAACUUAUUAACCGACAGCCAGACAGACGGAAUAUUACGGUCUGAUGUACUUCUCAUCAAUACAAAAUAAAAUCAAUUCCCAAACUUAGGAGUAAAGAAUGAAGCCACACACAUAUGUCAAACACAUAGAAAUUAAUUAUCAAAUAA